UUUCAGGCCAGGCACAGUAAGACUGUUGGAGCAUACAUGUGGUCUUGAAAAAUGUCAUCUAUGCAAAGAGCCAAGCAAUGGGCUACCUUUUCUCGCAUCUGGCACAUAUAUGAUGCAAAGUGGCAGAACCCUUUUGAAUCAGCCAAGCUAAUUGCAGCAUAUUUGAAGGGGCAGCACAAACCAAUAUAUCACCCCUUGAGCGACUGCGGCGACCAUGUGGUGGUGACAAACUGUCGGGAAAUCGCCCUUCCCGGGCCCGAAUGGUACCAGCGGGUCUUCUUCCACCACACAGGCUACCCUAAGGGCGGCGCCACCUGGACGCUGGCCUGGGAGCUGCACCGGAAGAACCCGACCAUGAUUAUGCAGCGGGCGCCGCGCCGGCUCGACUCCUACACCGAACAGGAGGUGCGCGACUUCCCCAAGGUGUUCGAUUAUCCGGCUGAUUAUGUGGUGAGAUAG